UGGGGAGAUUCGGAGAUGGUGAGCUGGGUGCUGGGUGCGCUCAGUGCCGGAAGUGUCCACAGAGCCUGCAGAUGUGAAUCCUAACCCAGAGGCUGGGACCGUCCCCCCACCCCCACCCCGUUUCCCCACCGGGACCUGCUGUCAGGCUGGAACAUUUGUUGCAGUUAAUGAACCAAUGUUGAUACAUUCUUAGAGCCAUCUCCGUGGCCGGGACCCGAUAGGAAGCCCCGCCGCCGCUGGGCACCUCUCCUCGCGGCCUCGCGGCCCAGCACGACCGGGACUCUGAAGUGUGGCCCUCUCAGCGGCAGCCAUGGGGUCUGAGGACCAUGGGGCGCAGAACCCGAGCUGCAAAAUCAUGACGUUUCGCCCGACCAUGGAGGAAUUCAAGGACUUCAACAAAUAUGUGGCCUACAUCGAGUCCCAGGGAGCCCACCGGGCGGGCCUGGCCAAGAUCAUCCCCCCGAAGGAGUGGAAGCCGAGGCAGACCUACGACGACAUCGACGACGUGGUCAUCCCGGCCCCCAUCCAGCAGGUGGUGACGGGCCAGUCGGGCCUCUUCACGCAGUACAACAUCCAGAAGAAGGCCAUGACGGUCGGGGAGUACCGCCGCCUGGCCAACAGCGAGAAGUACUGCACCCCGCGGCACCAGGACUUCGACGACCUGGAGCGCAAGUACUGGAAGAACCUCACCUUCGUGUCCCCGAUCUACGGGGCCGACAUCAGCGGCUCCCUGUAUGAUGACGAUGUGGCCCAGUGGAACAUCGGGAGCCUGCGGACCAUCCUGGACAUGGUGGAGCGCGAGUGCGGCACCAUCAUCGAGGGCGUGAACACGCCCUACCUGUACUUCGGCAUGUGGAAGACCACCUUCGCCUGGCACACAGAGGACAUGGACCUGUACAGCAUCAACUACCUGCACUUCGGGGAGCCCAAGUCCUGGUAUGCAGAACCGCCCCGCCCCGGCAGGCGGGUGGGAGGUGGGGUGGGCACACGGUUCUUCCCCGGAAGCUCCCAGGGCUGUGACGCCUUCCUGCGGCACAAGAUGACCCUCAUCUCGCCCAUCAUCCUCAAGAAGUACGGGAUCCCAUUCAGCCGGAUCACGCAGGAGGCCGGCGAGUUCAUGAUCACCUUCCCCUACGGCUACCACGCCGGCUUCAAUCACGGGUUCAACUGCGCGGAGUCCACCAACUUCGCCACCCUGCGGUGGAUUGACUACGGCAAGGUGGCCAGUCAGUGCACGUGCCGGAAGGACAUGGUCAAGAUCUCCAUGGACGUCUUCGUGCGUAUCCUGCAGCCGGAACGGUACGAGCUGUGGAAGCAAGGCAAGGACCUGACGGUGCUCGACCACACGCGGCCCACGGCCCUGAGCAGCCCCGAGCUGAGCACCUGGAGCGCCUCACGGGCCUCGCUCAAGGCCAAGCUCCUGCGCAGACAAAUUAGUCUGAAAGAAAACAGACACUGGAGAAAGACUGAGGAGGACAGAAAGGCCAGUCUAGAAAGGAAGAAAGAGCAGACCAGGAGGCCGGGGCCGCCGUCCCACCGGAAACGGAGCCAGUCCAAGAAGCCCAAGCCCGAAGACCCCAAAUCCCCAGGGGAGGGGGCCGCCGGGGCCACCCUCCUGGAGGAGGCUGGCGGCUUGAAGGAGGAGAUGUCACAGGAGGCCGACCCCGAGGAGGAGGAGGAGGAGCCCCAGCCCACACCACCGCAGGGCCGGGAGGCUGAGGCCACAGAAGAGGACGGAAGGGGCAAGCUGCGGCCAGCCAAGGCCAAGGCCGACAGGAAGAAGAAGAGCUAUGGCCCCCUGCACCCCCACCACGCCCUCCUGCCCCAGCUGCCGCCGCCCCCACCCGCCCAGUUCCCCGCUGAGGAGGCGCCCAGGCUGCCGCCCCUGCUGGAGUCCCCGGCCCUGGCCCCGGGCCCCACCCCGGCCGACGGGACACCCCCACCGCCGCCUCUCAACGUCGUGCCCCCCGAGGCGCCUGGCCAGGAGCCAGAGGUGAAGGCGCGCCCCAUCAUCCCCAUGCUGUAUGUGGUGCCACGGCCCAGCUCGCUGUGUGACAAGGGCCGCGUGUCCUGCCAGCAGGCCUUUGAGCACUUUGCCCAGAGGGGCCCCACGUGGAAGGAACAGGCGGCCCCCAUGGAGCUGACGGGUCCUGAGGAGGAAGGCGGGGCCGGCGAGGCGCAGGUGCCGUCCACGUUUUCCAAGCUGAAGAUGGAGAUCAAGAAGAGCAGGCGGCACCCCCUGGGCAAGCCACCCACCCGCUCCCCGCUGACCGUGGUCAAGCAGGAGGCCUCGAGUGACGAGGAAGCCUUCCCUUUCUCUGGGGAGGAGGACGUGAGUGACCCCGAGGCCUUGAGGUCUUUGCUGUCCCUGCAGUGGAAAAACAAGGCUGCCAGUUUCCAGGCCGAGAGGAAGUUCAACGCGGCGGCCGCCCGGACCGAGCCCUACUGCGCCAUCUGCACCCUCUUCUACCCUUACACCCAGUCUCUACAGACCGAGAAGGAGGCUCCCCAGGCCUCCCUUGGGGAGGGUCCCUCGGCUCCGCCGUCCAGAAGUGGCCAGAAGACACGGCCGCUGAUCCCUGAGAUGUGCUUCACGUCCGGCGGCGAGAACACGGAGCCCCUCCCCGCCAACUCCUACAUCGGCGACGACGGGACCAGCCUGCUGAUCGCCUGCGCCAAGUGCUGCUUGCAGGUCCAUGCCAGUUGCUACGGCAUCCGCCCAGAGCUGGUCAAUGAGGGUUGGACGUGUUCCCGGUGCACAGCCCACGCCUGGACUGCGGAGUGCUGUCUUUGUAACCUCCGGGGCGGAGCCCUGCAGAUGACCACAGACCGCAGGUGGAUCCACGUGAUCUGCGCCAUCGCAGUCCCGGAAGUGCGCUUCCUGAACGUGAUGGAGCGCCACCCCGUGGACAUCAGCGCCAUCCCGGAGCAGCGCUGGAAGCUGAAAUGCGUGUACUGCCGGAAACGGAUGAAGAAAGUAUCAGGAGCCUGCAUCCAGUGCUCCUGCGAGCAUUGCUCCACCUCCUUCCACGUGACCUGCGCCCACGCAGCCGGGGUCCUCAUGGAGCCUGACGACUGGCCCUACGUCGUCUCCAUCACCUGCUUCAAGCACAAGUCAGGCGGCCAUAGUGAGUGCCCCGCCCGCCCCCGCCUGGCCGCCGCCCCGGCCGCCUGCGCGCUGACGCGGCUCUGUCCCCGCCGCCCCCAGGUCCAGUUCCUGAGGGCCGUGUCCUUAGGCCAGAUGGUCAUCACCAAGAACCGCAACGGGCUCUACUACCGGUGCCGGGUCAUCGGCACCAGCACGCAGACCUUCUACGAAGUGAACUUUGACGAUGGGUCCUACAGCGACAACCUGUAUCCGGAGAGCAUUACCAGUAGGGACUGUGUCCGGCUGGGACCCCCGCCCGAGGGGGAGUUUGUCGAGCUGCGGUGGGCUGAUGGCAACAUGUACAAGGCCAGGUUCGUUUCCUCGGUGACAAGCCACGUCUAUCAGGUGGAGUUUGAGGACGGGUCGCAGCUGACCGUGAAGCGUGGGGACAUCUUCACCCUGGACGAGGAGCUCCCCAAGAGGGUCCGGUCGCGGCUGUCGCUCAGCACGGGGGCACCUCAGGAGAACAUCUUCUCGGGGGAGGAGGUGAAGGCCGCCAAGCGCCCGCGGGUGGGCACCCCGCGCGCCCCCGAGGACUCAGGGCGGAACCCGGACUACCUGGCGUUCAUGGAGAGCCUGCUGCAGGCGCAGUGCCGGCCCGGGGCCCCCUUCUAGGACCGCCGCCCGCCACCCCGGCCACCCCGCGGCCCAGCAAGGCAGGCGGCGGCCGGUCUGGCGUUUGCCUGCUGUGAAGCCCCGGCAGGCCCCCGGCGAGGCCACCGCGCUCCGUGGCGACAGGAGCCAGCAGGCCGCCGGCGCGGCCCGGACUCAGGGAGCAGGGCCACGCGGGCUCCGGGGCGCCGCCCCCUCUCCUCGGAUUCGUAAACCGCGUAAGCUCUUCUCGAAAAGGUGCUACUGCUUUGCCCGCCUCCUCAGCAGCCUUGGAGAUUGUGACUUGUGUACAUACAUCACCUUUGUGAGGCUCUUUCUAGAGAUACCUGUUGUUUAAAAAAAAAAAAAAAACCACGAGGAAAAAACAGAAAACAAAGAAAAGGAAAAAAAAAUCCCCAAAGUUGUUUUCUAGAUUUGUGGCUUUAAAAACGAAACAAAACACAAACGUUCUUUUUCUCAGAACCAAGAUCCGCUGAGGGAGAUAAAAGCAUCUCGGUUU